AAUUAUUCUGCUGCCAAAAAUCUUUUAGAAGCUGGGCUUAUGAGAGUCAAGGACAUCUCAUUUAAACUCACCAAGGCCAUAAAACAAGAGAUAUUGUAUGUUGAGAUAUUGAGUGAAAAUACGACUCGUAUCAAUAAUGAACAGAAGGAAGAUUAUAUCAAAAGGAUCUUGUCAUGCAUGACAACAUCACCAAGUGAUAUUGCACCAAGGGAAGAAAUACUAGAACAGUGUAUAGCAUUUCUUUUGAACACUAAAUCAUGGAGUGUUGUGUUGGAUAUUCACAGCAAGAUGGCAUAUGCUGACUGGUACAUAUCAAAGAAUUAUCAGUUCAUCAUAGAUGGCAUGGGGAAUGUUUUAACACAAGACUUGGUCUUCAUUAUGCUGGUGAAAGCAGAGCACUGUCGACAGAUAAAGAAUUAUUCUGCUGCCAAAAAUCUUUUAGAAGCUGGGCUUAUGAGAGUCAAGGACAUCUCAUUUAAACUCACCAAGGCCAUAAAACAAGAGAUAUUGUAUGUUGAGAUAUUGAGUGAAAAUACGACUCGUAUCAAUAAUGAACAGAAGGAAGAUUAUAUCAAAAGGAUCUUGUCAUGCAUGACUACAUCACCAAGUGAUAUUGCACCAAGGGAAGAAAUACUAGAACAGUGUAUAGCAUUUCUUUUGAACACUAAAUCAUGGAGUGUUGUGUUGGAUAUUCACAGCAAGAUGGCAUAUGCUGAUUUUGGUAAAUUAAUUGCCAAUGUGUGUAAGGAUUUACCUGAUAUCAAAGCAAGUCGUAUCGCGGCUAGAGAUCUCUGGGACGCAGUGGCUGCUAUAUUUAUGGCGGCAACUCACAAUAAACGCGGUAUGCAGUCGGGUAAAGGAAGCAAAGAAAUAAUUCCAGCUAUUAUGAAUAGGGGGAAGUUUGUACAUUUUCUCCAGCAACUGACUGAACCUCUGUGUAUAUCUGUAAUGCUAUCCUGCUUAGCUAAAUUACGUAACCUUAUCCAUGACGAUAUUGGUACAGAUGUUUCCAGUGAUUAUCCAACCCUGUGGCCAACGACAGUGUCUAACUGGGCUGUUUCCAGACCAUUGUUUUGCAAUGAUGAAUCAGAACAGAACAAUUCGUGUGAACUGAUCGAUCCUAACUUAUUAUCUGGAUACUCGUAUUCACCUGCGGAUACUUCGGCCUACUUUCAAGCAUGA